AUGGACGGCACCAACCGAACCAGACUGGUGGAUUACAAGACAGAGCAACCCACAGCCGUGGCCCUGGACUUGGUCAAGAAGCUGGUGUACUGGGCAGACGCCUACCUGGAUUACAUUGAAGUAGUGGAUUACAACGGGAAGAACAGGCAUGCGGUUAUCCAGCAGAGUCAAGUGAGUGUCAAGCCUCAUUCUGUUUUUGUGGGGCCUGAGCUGGGCUCUGCUUCUGAUGAUUGCCUUCUUGAGUUUACAGUUUACAUACCACAGACAUUAGUCUGUGGAUGUUUAUAUGGAUAAUGUGAGACAAUCUGAAAUGUGUUUGUCCAAUUUGUGUCUCAGUGGUGAAGAGCGUGCAAAGCCAAGGUUGUGGGUUCAAUUCCUGCAAGCAUUACAUACACAUACUAACACAUUACAGAUAUCAAACCUUCCUCCUUACAGACUGACAACUACAGUAACAUCUUUCCAAAACCAGACUUGGUUGGGAGGGCAGUUCAGGGCAACUGAUUAUUCCUUUCUUCUAGCUACUGUAUGACUCUUGCCCAUGUUGCUGUAGAGUAGAGACAAGGCAUGCAUCCCAAAUGGCACCAUAUUCCCUAUAUAGUGCACUACUUUUGACCAGAACCCUAUGGACCCUGGUCAAAAGUAGUGCACUAUAUAAGGAAUAGGGUGCCAUUUGGGAUGCAGACAAAGGAUUUGAUAUCUCUUGAAUAUGGAUUUCACUGGGAUACUGCAUGGUGAUUCAUUAGUGUGGAUGAGUGAGAGGAUGUGAGAUUUACAUUUUAGUCAUUUAGCAGACGCUCUUAUCCAGAGCGAUUUACAGGAGCAAUUAGGGUUAAGUGCCUUGCUCAAGGGCACAUCGACAGAUUUUUCACCUAGUCGGCUCGGGGAUUAGAACCAGCGACCUUUCAGUUACUGGCACAACGCUCUUAACCACUAAGCUACCUGCCGCCCCGAGAUGAGGCAGCUUACAAAUGGCCCAUGUCCUUAGUCCUUUAUACUUUACUACACUUUGGAGACAGAUAGGUCUAAUUAGGGAAUAUUAUUAUUCAAAAGGCCCCUUGAAAGUGACCUACUGUAGUGUGAGGGAGAUUCAUAUUGUAGGCUAUGAUGGUGGAGGGAAAGAAAGAGGCCAAGGCAUAUGAAAUACACCUUAUUGUGUGUGCAGGUGUUCUUAGCAUAAUGAUGCCUCUUUCUGUUCAUAAGUCUGUGGCCUCAGCAGACCUCUGCAUAUCAUCUCCAUGACAUAUGAAAGACAGAUUUAACUUUUUCUACUGGCAGACGAUGUAGUGUCCAUUUUUUUAUUCCACUUACAAUUCAGCUCAUACACCACAGGGUUCAACCCAAUACAAAAAAGACAAUACAAUAUGCAGGUUGAGUAAUAAAUAGGGUUGCAAAGGGAGGGUAUAUUACUGGAAACGUUCUAAGUUUACCAGUAAACUACCAGAAUUUUGAAGGAUUUUAUGUAAUCUAUCACAAGACAUCUAGUGGCCCUUUUGGGUAUUUCAGAUUAUCACAGAUGUCUGUAAUUAUCUCUGGCCCUCUGUGUGGCCUUCAAAUCUAAAAUAUAUUAAAUUAUUAAAUAAGAUGAUUUUAAAAUAACAAAUAGCAUGACAAAGCUGUAAACCAUUAUCCUAAAUAAAUUAUAAACCAUAAACUUAGUGAAUACCAUUGGUAUUACCAAAAAUUACACAGCCUUGAAAUAGACUGGCUGAUAUUAUUAUUAGAAGCAAACUGUGUUCCUAAAAAACAUGAUGGUUCAAUGGUUUCCUGGUUGUUUUUUUUCUCCUGCCACAUAUUUUUCCGCCCCAGGGUUGAGGUGAGGCCCAGUAGGUUUAGGCACACUUCCUGUGAACACUACUCACCCAACCCUGUCCUGUGUGUGUGUGUGUGUGUGUGUGUGUGUGUGUGUGUGUGUGUGUGUGUGUGUGUGUGUGUGUGUGUGUGUGUGUGUGUGUGUGUGUGUGUGUGUGUGUGUGUGUGUGUACAUGGAGGGUGUUGGCAUAGUAAAUGUAGCGUGGAGGGCAAGCCGACAAGGUGAGCAAGGCAUUUCACCCUAAUUGCUUGAUGGUCGUUGUUGAUGAUGGGCAAGACAAAAUAUUUAAGUGCCUUUGAACGGGGUAUGGUAGUAGGUGCCAGACGCAUCGGUUUGAGUGUGUCAAGAGCUGCAAAGCUGCUGGGUUUUUCACGCUCAACAGUUUCCCGUGUGUAUCAAGAAUGGUCCACCACCCAAAGGACAUCCAGCCAACUUGACACAACUGUGGGAGGCAUUGGAGUCAACAUGGGCCAGCAUCCCUGUGGAACGCUUUCGACACCUUGUAUAGUCCAUGCCCCAACUAUACAACUCAAUAUUAGGAAGAUGUUCCUAAUGUUUUGAACACUCAGUGUAUAAGCACCCACCCUAUUAUUAUUAUUAUUAGUAGUAUGUUCCCAGAGGAUUAUGCCCACUCCAUAACCCUGUCUAGGUUGGGGAAUACACACAAACACACACACGUUUUCUCUCAUGUCUUAGAUCCUGGAGCUCACAGAGUUGUUUUAUAGAAUAAACAUUUUUAUUUUGUGGGGUUUCAUCUUUGUUCUGUUGCAUGUCAAUGCAUUGUUCUGCUCUGUUUCAGGUGUCCUACAUCCAUGGAUUAGCUGUCUUUGAGAACUACCUGUAUGCCACUCAUUCUGACCCCUCCAUUGGGAAUACCAUGGACAUCUUCAAGAUCCAUCGGUUUAACACCACAGAACCCAGGACACUAACCAGCCUGGGGAGUUCCAGAGGAGCAAUACGUGUUUACCACAGACUCACUCAGCCAAAAGGUAAAGGACAUUUGUGUCAGGGUACUACAUGUGCUUGCUUGCUGGAGUCGAAUAUGCAGUACUUGUGACGCACAAGCUCAGAGAUUUCUGCAUCACUGUGACUUGAUCCAGUCAGGGUGCUACAUUGCAUGCUGGUGUCAAAUGCAUGUGUAGCCUACAUGUGACAAAUGUUUUGUGAAUCUGAGAGUUUUCUGCUUCACUUAAUGUACGGUCAAAUGAUUGUGUUGCAGUUAUAUUUGAUGAGUAGCUAAUGGACUUUCCUACUCCUCCUAUCCUCUAGUAAGGAGUCACGUGUGUGAGAAGGACCCAUAUGGAAAGCCAGGUGGAUGCUCCCACAUCUGUCUGCUGAGCGGUAGCUACAAGUCUAGGACCUGUCGAUGUCGGACAGGCUUCAGUAUGGGGAGCGACGGACAAUCCUGCAAAAGUCAGUGUCACAUCUAUCCCUCAUCCCAUUAUGCUAUAAACAUGUAAUCUAAUCAUAGCCUAUAUUCCUGAAAGCACUGUAGAAAACAAGGUACAAAAGAUGCAAUUUAGUUCCCUCAGACUAAGAAAGUGUGUCCUAUCACUUUAACACCUAUCAGUAUUUCUGUCCACAUACAGUAUCUCAGAUAUAUCGAGAUGUGUGCCUUGCAUACUGUAUAGGUCUGUCUGUUGACACUAGUGAGGAUCUCUUCUACAUGGACCAUAUAUAUCGCCCUGCCUCAGAUAGUCAAAUAGACAGUGAUGAAGACGAACGCUGGUUGAGACUGGCCCAUUUGAAAAUGAUGUCCCACUAUUGACCUGUCAGGAGCUGUGAUUCAUUAUUGCCAUAAUGGAGUUUUAAGAUCAUCUGCAUUUGUUAGCUUGAUGAUCAAUCCACGGACAUUGUGUAGUUGACAAUAAAAGCAGAAGAUCAAAUUGAUCACACAAUCAGAGGUCCACCGCAUUUCGAUUGGGCGUAGCAGAGCGCCUUGCCACGUUCUCCCUCCGUGACACAUUUGAUUUAUACCUCCUUACUAGAUAUUCUGAUGACACCAGCUCUCUCUUCCCUUAGCCUAAUGAGAUUCAGUGCUAAAUGUUUGUGCUUCUUCUUGCCGCAUCGCAGCCAGUCAUGGUGGGGUUUGUGAACUGGGUCUCAUACAAUGCUUAAUUGUCUCCUGGGGUAGCCUGACUCUCCCUCACAGGAUGAUAAAUUGAAGUGAUGCCUGUGUGGUCUGUCUCACACACGGCAGUAUGGUCUCCUGGGUAGAGGGGCUUCUGGCAGAGUGAGGAGAGGUCUGGUUCUUUCUUUGUAGCCCUGGAGGAUCCCUAGGGUCCCACCCAGAACCCCCAGAGUGACUGGUGUUGGGCCACAGUGGAGCUACCUCAGCUUUGCCUUUCAAAUGAGAUAAUGUUCAUGUCUGUGCAUUAGAAGUUAACAGUCGCUUUUUAGUCUCUCGCCUGACUUUCAUAUAGUUAUUUCAGAAGGCCAAGCUAGCUAGCGCAAGAACACUGAGUAUGGCUCACAAGACUACUGCUUUCUCAGCGCUGAUCACUUCUCCCUUCAAGGAGAAUAGAUGAGCCUGGCCGUCUCAGAUUAGGACAACAUGGAAUGUUAGAGGCUUUAAUUCUGGGAUCAGCAGCAUUGAAGAAUUACACCAAUUAACUGACAAUAAGUAGAAUAAAGAGUAAAGAACCCUUCUCUGUUUUUGCAUUCUAGAACCCAAAAACGACCUCUUCCUGUUCUAUGGUAAAGGUCGGCCAGGGGUCAUCCGAGGCCUGGACAUGAAUGUGAAGUCCAGUGAUGAGCACAUGGUCCCGAUCGAGGACCUGGUCAACCCCAGAGCCAUCGACUACCACACAGAGUCAGGACACAUCUACUUCGCUGACACAACCAGUUUCCUCAUAGGCCGGCAGAAAAUAGAUGGGAACAGCCGGGAAACGAUACUCAAAGAUGGUGGGUUUAUUUGUUAUUAUAAUUUAUAUCAGGGAUGGGCUACCCUUUUGUAGGCCCAAGGAUCUAUUAGGAAUAGUAUAAUACACAAGGUGGAAUUUCGAAAUGUGGUUAGGCAUCAGCAGAUUUUCUCUUGUUAUGUCAGUCAGUUUCAAUCACUCAAUUAGCCCAUGUCAGCUAAAUUUUUUUAGAUUGGUAAGUCAGUCUAGCCAGCUAUCUAAACAUUUCUCUCCAUCCUAUGGCAAAAUGUGUAGAAUUGUAGGAAAUUAGCUGUAAAACUGUAAAAUUGUCUCUACGCUCCAUGGCAAAAUGUGUAGAAUCGCAGGAAAUUAACUCUAAAACUCUCCGCUGUUUGCAAAAUUUAACUUAGGGCCCCCAAAAGGCAAGGGCCGACUCUUACUGCAUGUGUGGGUAUGGAUGUGGUUACGCAGACCCGCGAGCCACUGCGGCCCCUCAUGAUGAGUUCAGAUUUGUUGUGGCCCCCACCCCUAUCAAAGUUGCCCAUCCCUGCUUUAUAUGAAACAUCUUUACUCCUGUCUCCUUGACUAAAGGAACACUUUGAUGGAUUUUGCUUGGCUAUAUAUCUCUGUGAAUGGUAUUAAUCAUUAAAAUGAUAACAACAUUGUGCUGUCUGUAUGCAUCAGUUAAUAGACUUUUUAAAUGAUCCGUUUACAGUUGGAAAAAAAAAGAACGUCAUGUCAGGGGCAGAUAACAAUAACAUUGGGGUUCCAUCACCUUGCAGACCUGGACAAUGUUGAGGGGAUCUCUGUGGACUGGAUUGGUAAUAACCUCUACUGGACCAAUGAUGGGUACAGGAAGACUAUUAGUGUGGCCAGACUGGAGAGGGCCUCUCAAACCAGGAAGACUCUUCUGGAGGGGGACAUGUCUCACCCCCGAGCCAUCGUAGUGGAUCCACUCAACAGGUAAGCUCACUGAAGACUGGGCCAAAUCAUACAAUACCUGUAUAAUACAACAUCAGUUUUACCAAUGCACUGAUGUCAAAGAACGAUGUGGUUGAAUUAUGAGUUGUGUGUUCACAUAUCUAUUCAGGGAGUGACCCACUGCAAAAUGUUCACAGAAAAGAGAAUAUGCACAGCUCACUAAGCCUAUGUGAUGCUGCUUUUAAACAAAGAAACAAACACACAAGAAAAGGGUCAGGUAUAUUAGUGUCUUUGGGUGUUACAGUAGAAAAGCACAUAAAGCACAGGAGCUAUCUCGACCCAUUCUGGGAGGGUCCAUGCUAUCCGGGAUCCUUGGGACGUCCCAACUCUGGCGUUACCCCAAUGAAGUUUACAUUUAAAAUGUUUUAAGUUAGGUGGCCUUGACAUACAGUGAGGGAAAAAAGUAUUUGAUCCCCUGCUGAUUUUGUACGUUUGCCCUUUGACAAAGAAAUUAUCAGUCUAUAAUUUUAAUGGUAGGUUUAUUUGAACAGUGACAGACAGAAUAACAACAAAAUAAUCCAGAAAAACACAUGUCAAAAAUUUUGUAAAUUGAUUUGCAUUUUAAUGAGGUAUUUGACCCCCUCUCAAUCAGAAAGAUUUCUGGCUCCCAGGUGUCUUUUAUACAGGUAACGAGCUGAGAUUAGGAGCACACUCUUAAAGGGAGUGCUCCUAAUCUCAGUUUGUUACCUGUAUAAAAGACACCUGUCCACAGAAGCAAUCAAUCAAUCAGAUUCCAAACUCUCCACCGUGGCCAAGACCAAAGAGCUCUCCAAGGAUGUCAGGGACAAGAUUGUAGACCUACACAAGGCUGGAAUGGGCUACAAGACCAUCGCCAAGCAGCUUGGUGAGAAGGUUACAACAGUUGGUGCGAUUAUUCGCAAAUGGAAGAAACACAAAAUAACUGUCAAUCUCCCUCGGCCUGGGGCUCCAUGCAAGAUCUCACCUCGUGGAGUUGCAAUGAUCAUGAGAACGGUGAGGAAUCAGCCCAGAACUACACGGGAGGAUCUUGUCAAUGAUCUCAAGGCAGCUGGGACCAUAGUCGCAAAGAAAACAAUUGGUAACACACUACGCCGUGAAGGACUGAAAUCCUGCAGUGCCCGCAAGGUCCCCCUGCUCAAGAAGCACAUAUACAGGCCCGUCUGAAGUUUGCCAAUUAACAUCUGAAUGAUUCAGAGGAGAACUGGGUGAAAGUGUUGUGGUCAGAUGAGACCAAAAUCGAGCUGUUUAGCAUUAACUCAACUCGCCGUGUUUGGAGGAGGAGGAAUGCUGCCUAUGACCCCAAGAACACCAUUCCCACCGUCAAACAUGGAGGUGGAAACAUUAUGCUUUGGGGGUGUUUUUCUGCUAAGGGGACAGGACAACUUCACCGUAUCAAAGGGACGAUGGACGGCGCCAUGUACCGUCAAAUCUUGGGUGAGAACCUCCUUCCCUCAGCCAGGGCAUUGAAAAUGGGUCGUGGAUGGGUAUUCCAGCAUGACAAUGACCCAAAACACACGGCCAAGGCAACAAAGGAGUGGCUCAAGAAGAAGCACAUUAAGGUCCUGGAGUGGCCUAGCCAGUCUCCAGACCUUAAUCCCAUAGAAAAUCUGUGGAGGGAGCUGAAGGUUCGAGUUGCCAAACGUCAGGCUCGAAACCUUAAUGACUUGGAGAAGAUCUGCAAAGAGGAGUGGGACAAAAUCCCUCCUGAGAUGUGUGCAAACCUGGUGGCCAACUACAAGAAACGUCUGACAUCUGUGAUUGCCAACAAGGGUUUUGCCACCAAGUACUAAGUCAUGUUUUGCAGAGGGGUCAAAUACUUAUUUCCCUCAUUAAAAUGCAAAUCAAUGUAUAACAUUUUUGACAUGCGUUUUUCUGGAUUUUUUUGUUGUUAUUCUGUCUCUCACUGUUCAAAUAAACCUACCAUUAAAAUUAUAGACUGAUCAUGUCUUUGUCAGUGGGCAAACGUACAAAAUCAGCAGGGGAUCAAAUACUUUUUUCCCUCACUGUAAUAUUUCCUUCUCAGAAAUAGCUAGCUACAGCACAUUAGCGGGCUUCACAGGUCCAAAAAGUUGGACCCGUUCUGAAAUGGAUACGUGGCUUUCCCACCUGACCCAAUAUGCAUAAAUUAUUUUCUUUUUAAAACAGAGACCUGUUCUGAAUGGACCCGAGGACAGUCAGACCCGUUCGAAAAGGCCCGUGGAAAAAAAGACCCAAACAGACCCGUGCCGGUUCCGACCCGAGAGACCUGUUCAGAUCCGAGAGUAGAAAGAGAAAGAAACCACAGACCGGGCGCUGCCAACGCCCUUAAUAAACAAAUGAUAUUGGCCAAAUUAUCCACAGUUACAUGGCCUUAGAAACUGCCUAUAACAAAUAACAAAAAUAUAUUUUAUGUGUUUCGAUGUGUAGCAUAUUCAAAACUUUAUAGCCUAUUGUUUUAUUGGUUUUUACUUUCCUAAAACAAUAAUUGUCCACCUCACGGUUCAGCUGUCGGAGAUUUGAGCACUAAAUGCAUCAGGUCCAUUGCAUGCAUACUGUAUUGACCUAUAGGCCUAGGCGUCCACUGUAUGAUAUUAAUAUUUAAAAUAUAAAUAUAAAGGAAGAGAAGCUUAGGCCUAGCCCUAGAGCAAACCGAGAGAAAGAUAGAGAUAUGCCGGUGCCAUGUUCCUGACACCGACAUGCAUUUCUUUGUAGGUUACUUGUCAGAUAAUUCUAUUAUAUUGCGACAAACACAAGAUGAACUUAUUUUGGCCAAAGAAAAUGACUUAACAGAACCCAACAAAUGACAGCAAUAGGCUAAUGCUAUUUAUUUUACAACAGGCCUAUUUUUUGCCCAUCUCUAACUAAAUAUAGCACAAAAUUAAAAAGACAGUUCGAACUUCAUUUAGCCAACGAAAAUAUAGGCUAUCAACAAAAUGAAACAAAAUACUUUUUGCGUAUAUAAAGAACUGGUUUAGAUUCUUAAAUAGGCCUACAAUAAUAAUAAUGAUAAAUCAAAUGAUAAUAAAUAGGAAAAUAAGUAAAUACAACUUAGAAAAUUGCAUCAAACCUGAAUAGCGAGUUGCACACCCAGUCCAAUUGGCCGUGCCAACGUUCUUCUCAUCUUUGUCCACUAAAACUUGUCCCCGAGGACAUUCCCCUUGUAGGCUUCUUUUCACUAUACUAUUUAUCCUCUAACUUUCAUUUUACUUCAAUGAAAAAGGCCUCCAUCUUCGCAAUCAAGAGUAGCCUAGGCCAAGGCUCCUUUCACUCGCUCUCUCUCUCACCUCGGCAGCAGGUGCACGUGACGUGUGCAGCCGGAACCAGUUUCAUCUGGACAUAAACUAUAGGUUUUAUUGUGUCACAAUUGGCUGACACAGAUAACAAGCUCACACAGUUCUCAUCAACUCACACACAUUAAUUUAACAGAGGAAGGGUGCAAUCGGGUCCAGUCAGUAAAUACAUUUGAAUUGCACAUACCCGAGACUUGUGGCAAUUAUAUCAGAUCCAACCCAGAUCCGAGACAAAAGACAGAAUUUAGGAUCUUGGAAUUUCAGGUCUGUUGGACCUGUGAAGACCUCUACCACACAUUACGUUAUUGCAAUAACAUGAUUCCUCCCACACCAGGGGGUUUCAUUUAUUUUGUUAUCAUAACGGAGGAAUAAUCGCUUUAACCACUGACCUUCUCGCUGACGGGUUGGCACAUCUUUAUUAAAAUGUGGUUUUUGGUUGUCAGUGAGCAUUGGCCCAUCCAUCAGCAGAACCAGAUAUUGUUAUCUGACCUGCAGGAUGUCUCCUCAGGUGAAAUAGGUCGUUUUUCAGAUCCUGCUCUGUUCUUCAGAGCUAUAUUUCUCUCCCUGAAUGUCAACUCCAGUCUUUGUUAACAUGAUAGGGAUUAACUUUGCCGACUUACUAUCUCAAUCACUUACUGUAUUUUUCUUUAUUUUUUCCCUAUCACGGGUCUCUCUCGCGCGCGUCUGCACACUAAUGAACACGCACACAAACACACACACACACACACACACACACACACACACACACACACACACACACACACACACACACACACACACACACACACACACACACACACACACUCACACACACACACACACUUUUGCUUUGGUUAUUGCUUUACAGAGCUUUAGCCAAGGAGUGAAGAAUGUGGUGUGUGUGUUGAAUUAUUCAUUGGGUCAUGGAGAUGACUUGCAGAGACAGAGAGAGCUUGAUUCGCCCUCUAUCACAUUCUGUUUUAUGUACCGCACAUGUAGCAGGCAACUCCAUCAUUGAUGAGACAGAAAAGGCUGUGCAGCCCAGCAGUAACACUCAGAGGAUACAAAUCCCUUAAGCAUGGUUACUAGAGACUAGAUCAUGUCAAAUUAUUGACCAAACCGCUUUUCAAAUAUCACAAGUCCAUUGGGAAUAGCUGAGUAAACCCCUGAAAAGAUAAUGAUGCACAGUAGGACCUGGUUUCUGAUGUGGGGCCAGAAGAUGGACUCAAUGAUUAAAUGGUGUAUGUUGAAUUGUGUCUGUUUGGAUCAAUGUUUAUGUGGUGUGUUUUCAAUUUUGUAUGUACAGUGCCUUCAGAAAGUAUUCACACCACUUGACUUUUUCCAAAUUUUGUUGUGUUACAGCCUGAAUUUGAGAUUUUGUGUCACUGGCAUACACUCAAUACCCCCAUAAUGUCAAAGUGGAAUUAUGUUUGUAGAUUUUUUACAAAUUAAUUAACAAUCAAAAAACUGAAAUGUCUUGAUUUAGUAAGUAUCCAACCCCUUUGUUAUGUUAUUAAGUUGCAUGUUAUGUUAAUAAGUUGCAUGGAUUCCCUCUGUGUGCAAUAAUAGUGUUUAACAUGGUUUUUGAAUGACUACCUCAUCUCUGUACCCCACACAUACAAUUAUCUGUAAGGUCCCUCAGUUGAGCAGUGAAUUCGAGCAGAUUCAACCACAAAGACCAGGGAGGUUUUCCAAUGCCUCGCAAAGAAGGGCACCUAUUGGUAGAUGGGUAAAAAUAAAUAAAAAAUACAUUGAAUAUCCCUUUUUGGGGAAGUUAUUCAUUACACUCUGGAUGGGGUAUAACAUCACCCAGUCACUACAAAGAUACAAGUGUCCUUCCUAACUCAGUUUCACCAUGAGGCCAAUUGUGACUAUAAAACAGUUACAGAGUUUAAUGGCUGUGACGACAGGAGAAGAAACUGAGGAUGGAUCAACAACAUUGUAGUUACUCCACUGAGUGGCCUUGUAACAGUUUUGACUUAAAUCAUCUUGAACAUCUAUGGCAAGACUUGAAAAUGGCUGUCUUGCAGUGAUCAACAACCAACUUGACAGAGCUUGAAGAAUUUAAAAAAAUAAUAAUGUGCGAAUAUUAUACAAUCCAGCUGUGCAAAGUUCUUAGAGACUUACCCAGAAAGACUCACAGCUGUAAUCACUGCCAAAUGUAAUUUUAACAUGUAUUGACUCAGGGGUGUGAAUACUUAGGUAACUGAGAUAUUUCUGUAUUUCAUUUUCAAAAAAUGUGCUAACAUUUCUAAAACAUGUUUUCACUUCGUCGUUAUGGGGUAUUAUGUUUAGGUGGGUGAGAAAAAUAUAUAUAUUUAAUAAAAAAUGUAUUCAGGCUGAAACACCACAAAAUGUGGAAUAAGUUAAGGGGUAUGUAUACUUUCUGAAGGCACUGUAUGUUUGCAAAACAGAUUUAGUCCCCGAUUGGUAUGGUUUGUUGUGGGUUUUUAUUGUUACUCAAUUGUAAGAAAUGUAUUUUGUUUCUUUCUUUCAGUUGGAUGUACUGGACUGACUGGGAGGAAGAUGAGGUCAAUGACAGCAUAGGAAGGAUAGAAAAAGCGUGGAUGGAUGGAUCUAACAGACGGAUAUUUGUCACGUCUAACAUGCUGUGGCCCAAUGGCCUCACCCUGGACCAUGGGACCAGCACCAUGUACUGGUGUGAUGCCUACUAUGAUCACAUAGAGAAGAUUCACCUCAACGGCACUGGCAGACAGGUGAGUGAAGCUGUGUUCCAGCGGGCAAAACUGUUUGAAAUGACGUCAUUACAGACAGAUAAUGACGUCAUUUCAAGCAGGUUUGCCCGCUGGGAUAUCACCAUUAUAGUAAACUAAAAUUGCCAUAGUUAUCUCUGCCAUUUCUGUAGUUUUCCUUCCUUCUGCUCUCUCAGGUCUUUGACUACUGGUGUGUCUGAUAUCUCAUCCAGGUUGUGUACAACGGCAAACAGUUGAACCAUCCAUUUGGGAUUUCUCACUACCGGAACUCCAUCUUCUGGACGGAGUACAUGAACGCUUCUGUCUUCCAGCUGGAUCUAACCUCUGGGGACGUUACUCUACUGAGAAGCGAGAGGCCUCCUCUCUUUGGCCUGCGUGUUUACGAUGCUCAGAGUCAGCAAGGUUUGUCUACUUUUACUUCCCCUCCUACCAUCCCCAAUCAAUAAAGAUGACCUAUGGAAUCUUAUAUAGUUCAAAUCAAAUCAAAUCAAAUGUUAUUUGCCACAUGCACCGAAUACAACAGGUGUAGACAUUACAGUGAAAUGCUUACUUACAAGCCCUUAACCAACAAUGCAGUUUUUAAGAAAAUAAAAACUGUUAAGUAAAAAAUUGAUAAGUAAAAAAUAAAAAAUAAAUUAAAUUAAAGAACAGCAGUAAAAUAAAAUAACAGUAGGGAGGCUAUAUACAGUUGGUACCAGUAGAGAGUCAAUGUGCGGGGGCACCAAUUAGUCGAGGUAAUUUAGGUAAUAUCUACAUGUGGGUAGAGUUAAAGUGACUAUGCAUAAAUAAUAAACAGAGUAGCAGCAGCAUAGAAAAGGGGGUUGGGGUGGGGUGGGGUGGGGGGACAAUUCAAAUAGUCUGGGUAGCUAUGAUUAGCUGUUCAGGAAUCUUAUGGGUUGGGGGUAGAAGCUGUUAAGAAGCCUUUUGGACCUAGACUUGGCGCUCCGGUACCGCUUGCCGUGCGGUAGCAGAGAGAACAGUCUAUGACUAGGGUGGCUGGAGUCUUUGAUAAUUUUGAGGGCCUUCCUCUGACACCGCCUGGUAUAGAGGUCCUGGAUGGCAGGAAGCUUGGCCCCAGUGAUGUACUGGGCCGUACGCACUACCCUCUGUAGUGCCUUGCGGUCGGAGGCCGAGCAGUUGCCAUACCAGGCGGUGAUGCAACCAGUCAGGAUGCUCUCGAUGGUGCAGCUGUAGAACUAUUUGAGGAUCUGAGGACACAUGCCAAAUCUUUUCAGUCUCCUGAGGGGGAAUAGGCUUUGUCGUGCCCUCUUCACGACUGUCUUGGUGUGUUUGGACCAUGAUAGUUCGUUGGUGAUGUGGACACCAAGGAACUUGAAGCUCUCAACCUGUUCCACUACAGCCCCGUCGAUGAGAAUGGGGCCGUGCUCAGUCCUCUUUUUUUUCCUGUAGUCCACAAUCAUCUCCUUUGUCUUGAUCAUGUUGAGGGAGAGGUUGUUAUCCUGGCACCACACGGGCAGGUCUCUGACUGCUUCCCUAUAGGCUGUCUCAUCGUUGUCGGUGAUCAGGCCUACCACUGUUUUGUCGUCGGCAAACUAAUGAUUGUGUUGGAGUUGUGCCUGGCCAUGCAGUCAUGGGUGAACAGGGAGUACAGGAGGGGACUGAGCACGCACCCCUGAGGGGCCCCCGUGUUGAAGAUCAGCGUGGCAGAUGUGUUGUUACCUACCCUUACCACCUGGGGGCGGCCCGUCAGGAAGACCAGGAUCCAGUUGCAGAGGGAGGUGUUUAGUCCCAGGGUCCUUAGCUUAGUGAUGACCUUUGAGGGCACUAUGGUGUUGAACACUGAGCUGUGGUCAAUGAAUAGCAUUCUCACGUAGGUGUUCCUCUUGUCAGGUGGGAAAGGGCAGUGUGGAGUGCAAUAGAGAUUGCAUAAUCUGUGGAUCUGUUGGGGCAGUAUGCAAAUUGGAGUGGGUCUAGGGUUUCUGGGAUAAUGGUGUUGAUGUGAGCCAUGACCAGCCUUUCAUAGCACUUCAUGUCUACAGACGUGAGUGCUACGGGUCGGUAGUCAUUUAGGCAGGUUAUCUUAGUGUUCUUGGGCACAGGGACUAUGGUGGUCUGCUUGAAACAUGUUGGUAUUACAGACUCAGUCAGGGACAUGUUGAAAAUGUCAGUGAAGACACUUGCCAGUUGGUCAGCGCAUGCUCAGAGUACACGUCCUGGUAAUCCGUCUGGACCUGCGUUCUUGUGAAUGUUGACCUGCUUAAAAGUCUUACUCACAUCGGCUACGGAGAGCGUGAUCACAUAGUCAUCCGGAACAGCUGAUGCUCUCAUGCAUGCUUCAGUGUUGCUUGCCUCGAAGUUGGCAAAUAAGUGAUUUAGCUCGUCUGGUAGGCUUGUGUCACUGGGCAGCUCACGGCUGUGCUUCCCUUUGUAGUCUGUAAUAGUUUUCAAGCCCUGCCACAUCCGACGAGCGUCGGAGCCGGUGUAGUACGAUUCAAUCUUAGUCCUGUAUUGACUCUUUGCCUGUUUGAUGGUUUGUCGGAGGGCAUAGCGGGAUUUCUUAUAAGCGUCCGGGUUAGAGUCCCACUCCUUGAAAGCGUCAGCUCUACCCUUUAGCUCAGUGCGGAUGUUGCCUGUAAUCCAUGGCUACUGAUUGGGGAUGUGUAGCUUUAUGCAACAAGUUAUGAAUGCUUAUAUGCUGUAUGUAACAUUAAAUUAAAGUCUUACCAUCUAUCUACCAUGGUAUCUUACAUGUACAGUGCAUUCGGAAAUUUUUCAGACCCCUUACCCUUUUCCACAUUUUGUUACCUUACAGCCUUAUUCUAAAAUUGAUUACAUUUUAUUUUUCCCUCAUAAAUCUACACACAAUACCCCAUAAUGACGAAGUGAAAACAGGUUUUCUGAAAUGUUUCUGAAAUGCCUUAUUUACAUAAGUAUUCAGACACUUUGCUAUGAGACUCGAAAUUGAGCUCAUGUGCAUCCUGUUUCCACUGAUCAUCCUUGAGAUGUUUCUACAACUUGAUUGGAGUCUACAUGUGGUAAAUUCAAUUGAUUGGACAUGAUUUGGAAAGGCACACACCUGUAUAUAUAAGUUCCCACAGUUGACAGUGCAUGUCAGAGCAAAAACCAAACCAUGAGCUCAACGGAAUUGUCCGUAGAGCUCCGAGACAGGAUUGUGUCGAGGCACAGAUCUGGGGAAGGGUACCAAAAAAGUUCUGCUGCAUUGAAGGUCCCCAAGAACACAGUGGCCUCCAUCAUUCUUAAAUGGAAGAAAUUCUGAACCACCAAGACUCUUCCUAGACCUGGCUGCCAUCCAAACUGAGCAAUCGUGGGAGAAGGACCUUGGUCAGGGAGGUGACCAAGAACCCGAUGGUCACUCUGACAGAGCUCCAGAAGGACAAUCAUCUCUGCAGCAAUCCACCAAUCAGGCCUUUAUGGUAGAGUGGCCAUAUGGAAGCUACUCCUCAGUGGAAGGCACAUGACAACCCGCGUGGAGUUGCCAAAAAAGCACCUAAAGGACUCUCAGACCAUGAGAAACAAGAUUCUCUGAUCUGAUGAAACCAAGAUUGAACUCACGUCUGGAGGAAACCUGGCACCAUCCCUACAGUGAAGCAUGGUGAUGGCAUCAUCAUGCUGUGGGAUGUUUUUCAGCGGGAGGGACUGGGAGACUAGUCAGCAUCGAGGGAAAGAUGAACGGCGCAAAGUACAGUGAGAUCCCUGCUCCAGUGCGCUCAGGACCUCAGACUGGGGCGAAGGUUCACCUUCCAACAGGACAACGACCCUAAGCACACAGCCAAGACAACACAGGAGUGGCUUCGGGACAAGUCUCUGAAUGUCCUUGAGUUGCCCAGCCAGAGCCCGGACUUGAACCCGAUCGAACAUCUCUGGAGAGACCUGAAAAUAGCUGUGCAGCGACACUCCCCGUUCAACCUGACAGAGCUUGAGAGGAUCUGCAGAGAAGAAUGGGAGAAACUCCCCAAAUACAGGUGUGCCAAGCUUGUAGUAUCAUACCCAAGAAGACUCAAGGCUGUAAUUGUCUUAAGAUGGUCAAACUAUGGAUAAUUUAGCUAUUUGAUUUUGAAUUUUAGGACCCCAUUAGGAAUUUUAAAAAAUAAAUACAAUUGUUUUGAUAAAAUAUAGAUUUUGGCCUUUACUGCUAAAGCCCAUAGAAAUGCAUUGAAUAACACAUUCAAAAGGACAGUAAAACAAUUUAUCAUAAGAAACAAGGUUUUGAAGUGUCUGUCCUGAAUCUAGGAGAUGUAAAUGUGUAUUGUAUUUCUGUUUUUCUUUGUUUUUUUGUUUUUACACAUAUUUAACCCUUUUUUUGGGUAGUCACAAAACUAGCUAAAUACUUCCAUUGUCAUUUUUUUACCGGUACCGGUUACCUUCAGACGAGUACUGUGACACUUGUGGGGGUUCUAGAGCAAAACUGAGAACUCCAUUGUGUUCGUACGAGUCUCCCCUUUCCAUUGAGUGGUCAACCCAUUCAGACGCUACAGACGUUUAUGUGAGAUUACCCAUUUUCGAGAUCUCAUGGUCUGACAAACACUGCUCUAGCUCUGCCACCUUUCACCACAGAUGUGGAAGUGCGACACUGACGGAUGUGGUGGAUUGAGUCGCAUCAAAUGCAAAAGAACAGAUAUCUCUAGUAUAAACUAACAGAUUUUGAUGGGGAUUAUUUUGUUAUGUAACUUAGAAUGACGCACUGGUGAGUCACCCCUGAAUCAAUUGUAGAAGAACCAUUGGCAGUAAUUACAGCAGUGAGACUUUCUUGGUAAGUCUGUAAGAGCUUUCCACACCUGGAUUGUGUAACAUUUGCCUGAUAUUCUUUUCAAAAUUCUUCAAGCUCUGUCAAAUUGGUUGUUGAUCAUUGCUAGACACAAUUUUCAGGUCUUAAUAUAGAUUUUUAAGUAGAUUUAUGUAAAAACUAAUUUGGCCACUCUGGAACAUUCACUGUCUUCUUGUUAAGAAACUACAGUGUCGAUUUGGCCUUGUGUUUUAGGUUAUUGUCCUGCUCAAAGGUGAAUUCAUCUCCCAGUAUUUGGUGGAAAGCAGACUGAACCAGGUUUCCCUCUAGGAUUUUGAAUGUGCUUAGCUCCAUUCCGUUUCCUUUUUAUCCUGAAAAAUUCCCCAGUCCUUAAUGAUUACAAGCAUACCCAUAAGAUAAUGUAUCCACCACUAUGCUUAAAAAUAUGGAGCUUGGUACUCAGUAAGUGUCACACCCUGGCUCUGGGACUCAUUAUGUUGAGCCAGGGUGUGUUCAUUCUAUGUGUUUAUUUCUAUGUUGGUAGUUCUGUUGUGUCUAUUUCUAGGUUGUUGUAUUUCUUUGUUUGAGUGACUCCCAAUCAGAGGUAACGAGUGUCAGCUGUUGGCUCGUUGUCUCUGAUUGGGAGCCAUAUUUAAACUGUCUGUGUUCACCUUGUGUUUGUGGGUUUUUGUUCCUUUACAGUCAUUGUCACUGUGGACUUCACGAGUCGUGUUUUGUUUUAUAUUUAGAUACUUUAAUUAAAUAAAGUCAUGUUUAUUUCACACGCUGCGCAUUGGUCCGCUUCCUGUAACGACGAUCGUGACAGAAAAACCCACCAUAAAAGGACCAAGCAGCGUGUCCAGGAGCAGGCAGCCUGGACAUGGGAGGCGCGCCGUAGAGAGGAGCAGCGGCGGCAAACGGGUCAAAGUCGGAAGGUCGAGAGGCAACCCCAAGAAAUUUUUAGGGGGGGGCACUGGAGGCGAUAAGGGAGAGGGUGAGAGUAGAGGCACGGCGAGAGGAACUGUGUAGGCAGCUGAGGGAGCGGAGGGUUAUGAAGAAACCCAGUCCCGCUCCUCACACCAAGCAAGUGGUGUGCGUCACCAGUCCGGUCCGGCCCGUUCCUGCUCCCCGCACUAAGUUAAUGGUGCGCGUCGCCAGCCCAGCCCGGCCUGUCCCUGCUCUACGCACCAAGCCUACGGGGUGCGUCGCCAGCCCAGCCCGGCCUGUCCCUGCUCUACGCACAAAGCCUACGGUGUGCGUCGCCAGCCCAGCCCGGCCUGUCCCUGCUCUACGCACAAAGCCUACGGUGUGCGUCGCCAGCUCAGCCCGGCCUGUCCCUGCUCCACGCACCAAGCCCACGGUGUGCGUCGCCAGCCCGGUCCGGCCUGUUCCUGCCACUCUCACCAAGCCCACGGUGUGCGUCGCCAGCCCGGUCCGGCCUGUUCCUGCCUCUCGCACCAAACCUACGGUGCGCGUCGCCAGCCCGACCCGGCCUGUUCCUGCCACUCGCACCAAGCCUGGGGUGCGAGUCGUCAGCCUGGUCCAGCUCGUUCCUGCUACUCGCACCAAGCAAAGGAUGCGAGUCGUCAGCCUGGUGAGGUCCGUUCCGGCUCCACGCACCAAGCCAAGGGUGCGUAUCGUCAGUCCGGUGCCUGAUCAGGUCAGCUACUCCACUACGGAGUUUGAGCAAUCCGCUCCGUCUAUGUCCGGUCCAGAUCCAGCCAGCGGGGUCAGACCGGACCGGGGGCGCUACGGGGGCAUUGUGGAAGGGUGGUGGUCAAGGCCGGAGCCAGAACCGCCGCCGAGGAGGUAUGCCCGCCCAGCCCUCCCCUGUUUUGUUUAGUUGAGGCGCGGUCGCAGUCCGCGCCUUUAGGGGGGGGUACUGUCACACCCUGGCUCUGGGACUCAUUAUGUUGAGCCAGGGUGUGUUCAUUCUAUGUGUUUAUUUCUAUGUUGGUAGUUCUGUUGUGUCUAUUUCUAGGUUGUUGUAUUUCUUUGUUUGAGUGACUCCCAAUCAGAGGUAACGAGUGUCAGCUGUUGGCUCGUUGUCUCUGAUUGGGAGCCAUAUUUAAACUGUCUGUGUUCACCUUGUGUUUGUGGGUUUUUGUUCCUUUACAGUCAUUGUCACUGUGGACUUCACGAGUCGUGUUUUGUUUUAUAUUUAGAUACUUUAAUUAAAUAAAGUCAUGUUUAUUUCACACGCUGCGCAUUGGUCCGCUUCCUGUAACGACGAUCGUGACAGUAAGGUGUUGUAUUGGAUUUGUAUUCAGGACAUAAACUUAAUUGCUUUGCCACAUUUUUUGCAGUAUUACUUUAGUGCCUUGUUGCAAAUAGGGUGCAUGUUUUGGAACAUUUGUAUUCUGUACAGGCUUCCUUCUUUCCACUCUGUCAAUUAGGUUAGUAUCGUGGAGUAACUACAAUGUUGUUGAUCCAUCCUCAGUUUUCUCCUAUCACAGUCAUUAAACUCUUUAACUGUUUUAAAGUCAACAUUGGCCUCAUGGUGAAAUCCCUGAGCGGUUUCCUUCCUCUCCGGCAACUGAGUUAGGAAGGAAGCCUGUAUCUUUGUAGUGACUGGGUGUAUUGAUACACCAUCCAAAGUGUAAUUAAUAACGUAUCAUUAUUUUACACACAUCAUGUGUCCAGUACAAUCUUUGCAAGAAUCGGAAUGCAUGAUUUGUCAUCAGUACUUGAAAACAUGUGAAUAAAACAGUAAAUACAUUAUGCUCCAUACAUACAGACAUAUGGUGUGCUACAGUAGAAACGACAACACGAUAUGUGACCGACCGCCUCAAUUUGAAAUGUUGUUUUUUACAUUGGAUAAAAGUAGAUUCAGAGCUAGAAAAUUGUACAUUUAUACACUGCAGUUGAGGAACAAUGGGAUAGUAAUUUUGCUUUGAAAGUUGAUAAACUUGUAACCCCACUUUUGAGAAAAUGACCCUUGAAUGUUUUGGUACACCUACUGGAGAGCUCUUCUUUGUCUACACCCAUUCAGCAUCGUUCACACCCUCUUAAUCCUUAGCCCCACCCAUCUCUUUAAGGAGUCACAUGUGAGGCCAUGUGGUAAACACACACUAUAUCAAAUAAAAUCUAAGUUUAUUUGUCACAUGCACAGGAUACAGAAGGUGUAAACGGGAUAGUGAGUGGUUACUUGCGUAGUAGCAAUAUAAAAAACAGAAAGUGUCCAGAUAAAAAUAUUGUAGAAAAUGGUAUCAUUAUUAGAUUACGCUUACCCGACACACUUGUCUAAAUUAAUGGGUCAUGUGAAGGAAAUGCUAUAACCACCCUCCAGCCCCAUCUAGCUAAAUGGAUGGGUCACUAUUGUCUAGACAUGUACACAUGUUCAUGAAAUACAAUAGAUGGCCACAAUCACCCCCAGACACACCUGGCUAACUUGAUGGGUCAUGUAAUAAUCCGGCCAAAGUGGAGUCUUUUGUUUAGACAUGUAGCUAGCUAGGUAGCUAGCUAGCUAGCUAAACAAUGAAUCGGCAUAAUCCCAACUCUUACUACUACCAAUACAAACAUUGUCAUAGCUGUCUAUAAAUCUGAAGGUAGCUAAAGAUAACAAACUAGGUUCAAUGUUAGCUAUCUAACAUUAGGCUAUAACUAGCAAUGCAAAUGGUAUUCUGAUAAUAUUACUACACAGAUCAUACAUGUAACAUUAGCUAGCGAGUCAGCAAGCUUACGUUUGCUAGCUAACUAACAGUAUAGGCAUAAAUUAACUGUCUUUAUUUGCAUAACUUAAAAUUAGAUAGAUAACUCAUCACAAACAUCUCAACCAGCUGGUUGAGUUGCCCAAUACGGGUAAACUCAUUUUGUAUUGGAAUUUGCAUAGACUUUUUAAAACCUAAAACAAAUUAUACAUUCAUUAGCAUGAAUGUCUGCUUCAGUUACGUAUAAUGGAAGACAGGCCUAGUUAAAUGAGGACUGAUAUAAAAUAUGAUACAUUUGUGUGUCAAAACAUGAAUAUUCAAAUAUAUGUAAAUGAAUGUGUUUACUGUUUAUAUGAUCUUAUAAACUGGGUGGUUUGAGCCCAGAAUGCUGAUUGGCUGACAGCCGUGGUAUAUCAGACUGUAUACCAAGGGUAUGACUAAACAUGUAUUUUUACUGCUCAAAUUACAUUGGUAACCAGCUGAUGAUAGCAAUAAGGCACCUUGGGGGUUUGUGGUAUAUGGCCAAUAUACCAUGGCUAAGGGCGGUAUCCAGGCACUCCGCGUUGCGCCGUGCGUAAGAAUAUCCCUUUGCCGUGGGUAUAUUGGCCGUAUACCACACACCCUCGGGCCUUAUUGCUUAAUUAUACCAUGGCAUUGUUGAAUACUCGUUUCUGAUUGGCUUGAAGGGCAUUCUAGAGCGUGCAUUAUUUCCCUAUAAUGCACAGUAUAUCAGCACGGUAUAAUUCAAUGGCUAUAGUUCAUCCUUACAUGUUCUAUGUUUGAGCUGCUUUUGAACGCAAAAGUUGAAUUGAAAACAUUAUUGGCAUUGUUGAAUUCGAUUUUCAUAAUAGCACGCUAGGACUGAUGGUUUGGUUAGCUACAGGGUCUAUGUGGCAGGGUCUACAGACAAUCACGGAUUACAAAGUGAAAACCAGCCACGUCGCGGACACCGACGUCUUGUUCCAGGACAAGCUAAACACUUUCUUCGCCCGCUUUGAGGAUAGCACAGUGCCACUGAUGCGGCCCACUCCCAAGGACUGUGUGCUCUCAUUCUCCGUGGCUGACGUGAUUAAGACAUUUAAGCGUGUUAACCCUCACAAGGCUGCCAUCCCAGACGGCAUCCCUAGCCGCGUCCUGGAACAUGCGUAGACCAGCUGGUUGGAGUGUUUACGGACAUAUUCAAUCUCUCCCUACCCCAGUCUGUUAUCCCCACUUGCUUCAAAAUGUCCACCAUUGUGGGACCGAGAGAUUGAAAAACAGCUUCUAUCUCAAGGCCAUCAGACUGUUAAAUAGCCAUCACUUGUCGGCUACCAUCCGGUUACUCAAACCUGCACCUUAGAGGCUGCUGCCCUAUAUACAUAGACAUGGAAUAACUGGCCACUUUAAUAAUGGAACACUAGUCACUUUAAUAAUGUUUACAUACUGCUUUACUCAUCUCAUAUGUACCGUGCAUUCAGAAAGUGUUCAGACCCCUUGACUUUUUCCACAUUUUGUUACAUUACAGCCUUAUUCUAAAAUGGAUUAUAUAAAAAGUGUUCCUCCUCAAUCUACACACAAUACCCCAUAAUGACAAAGCGAAAACAGGUUUUUAUAAAUUUGUGCAAAUAAACAGAAAUACCUUAUUUACAUAAAUAGUCAGACCCUUUGCUAUGAGACUCGAAAUUGAGCUGUUUCCAUUAAUCAUCCUUGAGAUGUUUUUACAACUUGAUUGGAGUCCACCUGUGGUAAAUUCAAUUGAUUGGACAUGAUUUGGAAAGGCACACACCUGUCUAUGUAAGGUCCCACAGUUGACAGUGCAUGCCAGAGCAAAACCAAGCCUUGAGGUCGAAGGCAUUGUCCGUAGAGCUCCGAGACAGGAUUGUGUCGAGGCACAGAUCUGGAGAAAGGUACCAAAAAAUGUCUGCUGCAUUGAAGGUCCUCAAGAACACAGUGGCCUCCAUCAUUCUUAAAUGGAAGAAGUUUGGAACCAUCAAGACUCUUCCUAGAGCUGGCCGCCCGGCCAAACUGAGCAAUCGGGGGAUAAGGGUCUUGGUCAGGGAAGGGGCCAAGAACCCGAUGGUCACUCCGACAGUGCUCCAGAGUUCUUCUGUGGAGAUGGGAGAACCUUCCAGAAGGACAACCAUAUCUCUGCAGCGCUCCACCAAUCAGGUCUUUAUGUUAGAGUGGCCAGACGGAAGUCACUCCUCAGUAAAAGGCACAUGACAGCCCACUUGGAGUUUGCCAAAAGGCAUCUAAGGACUCUCAGACCAUGACAAACCAGAUUCUCUGGUCUGAUGAAACCAAGAUUGAACUCUUUGGCCUGAAUGCCAAGCGUCACGUCUGGAGGAAACCUGGCACCAUUCCUACGGUGAAGCAUGGUGGUGGCAGCAUAAUGCCUUGGGGAUGUUUUUCAGCGGCAGGGACUGGGAGACUAGUCAGGAUCGAGGGAAAGAUUAACGGAGCAAAGUACAGAGAGAUCCUUGAUGAAAACCUGCUCAGGACCUCAGACUGGGGCGAAGGUUCACCUUCCAACAGCACAACGACCCUAAGCACACAACCAAGACAAUGCAGGAGUGUCUUCGGGACAAGUCUCUGAAUGUCCUUGAGUGGCCCAGCCAGAGCCCGGACUUGAACCCGAUCUAACAUCUCUGGAGAGACCUGAAAAUAGCUGUGCAGCGACGCUCCCUAUCCAACCUGACAGAGCUUGAGUGGAUCUGCAGAGAAGAAUGGGAGAAACUUCCCAAAUACAGGUGUGCCAAGCUUGUAGCGUCAUACCCAAGAAGACUCGAGGCUGUAAUCGAUGCCAAAGGUGCUUCAACAAAGUACUGAGUAAAGGGUCUGAAUACUUUUGUAAAUGUGAUAUUCCCAUUUAAAAAAUAUAUAUAAAUGUGCAAACAUUUCUAAAAACCUGUUUUUGCUUCGUCAUUAUAGGAUAUUGUGUGUAGAUUAAUGAGGGGAAAAAACUAUUUAAUCAAUUUUAGAAUAAGGCUGUAACAUAACUUUUACUUUUAGAUUUGUGUGUAUUGUUGUGAAUUGUUAGAUACUACUGCACUGUUGGAGCUAGGAACACAAGCAUUUCGCUACACCCGUAAUAACAUCUACUAAAAAUGUGUAUGUAACCAAUACAAUUUGAUUUGUUUUAAACUACCAAGUCUGUUUGUUUGGUUACCAAGGCAACUACUGUAGCUAUCUAGUAAACUUGCUAGCUACUUCAGUAGAUGUCGAACAUAUUUCUAGUGGCAAAUGUGUUCAAUUAUAGCGAUGGUAUAAAAGUGAUAAUCAACUCAGGGCUCCAUGCGUUCUCAUAAAUAAUGCAACUCCAUGGAAGGUUAGUUCCACUCCGCUAGUGCACACACCUUCCACGUCGUUCAUAAUUUUCCAUAGAACGCAUAGCCUCUUGUUGACGUUGAUUAUCCCUUACAUAAUGCCUGUAAAAUGACAUGUACUGAAUAAUGGUAUGAAACAUAUUAAAGAUAACAGGCAGACAGUAAAUACUGAUAUGAAUAUGAAAAAAAAAAUCAAAUUUGAACAGACAAAAAAAUCCAAUAACAAUAUUAUUCUCCAUUGUUGAUAAUAGCUAGCUUUGACUCAAUUGCAUUCGUUUAAUGACAACUCAACCGCCUGGUAGAGCAUAUUUUUCAAGAGUUCCUAAAAUGAUAAAAUAAUAACAUUUUCAUAAUUGUAUCAUUCCAAAAUGAUUAUUUAGAGGUCAACAACAUUUUACAGUGUUGUAAUUUCCCAUUUUACACACAAUUAGUACUGAAAAUGUGUGAUUAAUGAGGUUUGGUUUUGCUAAUGUUCACUUCCUGGUUUUCAAUCAUCUUUGAAUGUGGGUUUAAAUAAUGUCCAAUAAUGAAAACCACAUGAUCAUUUUACUAAAUGGCAUUGGUUGAGAUGAUAAAAUACAUUUGUGAUUGGUUCAGAUUUGUAGGCCAGGACUGAAUUUGGGCAACCCUGGCCUACAGUGUCAGCCCAUCCAUGUGGUAGACCUACUGUUUGUAAAACAGGCAGUUGCAUUGGCUUUAUUAGUCCUGAUUCCUGUGACUAAUCAUUUUGGCUAUUUAAGCUCUGAAUAUCAGUUACCCAACUUUAUCAGGAGUUAUCCUGAACCUAUUUGCAAUGAGAAUCAAUGUGUGUACACAGUGGGAAAUGCAGAAGUAUAUUAUUUUUCACUUUGAUCGUCAAAUAUUUACGAAUACAAACUUGAAACCAUUGCUUGCUGUUUGGGGUUUUAGGCUGGCUUUCUGUAUAAGCACUUUGUGACAUCUGCUGAUAUAAAAAGGGCUUUAUAAAUCAUUUGAAUUGAUUUGAAACCACUGAUUAUCAUGACAAUUUAGCCUACGUGGUGAAACUCUUGGACAGCAGUUGAGAGUAGCCUGAUUUUCCAUUUCAUAUUGUCCAUUUUACUUUGAUCUGUUUUUAGGGUAUGGUGUCAUAUUCAAAUAAUUUUUUUAUUUGAUUAGGCGCCAUUUAGGUUAGGCUAUUUGAUCGGAGAAACGUGUAUGAUGUAAAAAGUGACAAUUUCAUAAUACGCUACAGAAAAUGGCACAUACUCUUUUUACCACAGGCUACAUGAUUUCUGUUCGAUUAUUUUUUUAUGGAACGUUGGUAGGGUGUGUCUCUCCAACAGCAUCCUGGAGAGGUGCGCUGAGCACGGACAAGAUAAAUAUUUUGUACCCCUGCCUUUGACAAGUGGGCACUGUUUAUCACGGGGCGGCAUCAGCACUCACCUAAAUAAUAGCCCAAAAUAGCCCAUAUACUGUACCACUGGGUGAGAGAAAUUGUAAUUGUUUUUGGGCAAAGUUAUGUGAGGUUUUAUGUGUUGUUGGAGGUGCGUCUUGGUCAGUUUAGCUCGGAAAAUGCCACCCUCGCCAAUCUGCCGCCUGUCUAAUGGGUGGGCCAGCCCUGCUCACAGCAGGUACAACUCUUGUUAUCCUGGCGAAGCGUCGGUGAAUCACUGUUUAGAGUUUAGACUGUGUACGUGUGGAGCAGGGGGAAGCGUGA